AUGGCCGGAGUCAAGGACGGGGUGACCCCGUGCAGCCCCGCCACCCCCUGUGCCCACGGGCAUUUCUGCGACGAGCACUUCGGGCUGUGCCUGCCCACGCGGCCCGUGGGGCACUACUGCCGCCACGACCCGCACUGCGCCCCCGGCCUCAUCUGCGUGUUCGGCAAGUGCCAGCAGCCCGUGCCCCCCGGGCAGGAGGGAGCGCGGUGCCAGCGGGACGAGGAGUGCGGCCCCGGCGGCUGCUGCGCUCGCCAGCACGGGGAGCGCCUCUGCCAGCGGCGCCUGGCACCGGCCCAGAGCUGCCACGUCCCCCCCGGGGGUCUCGCCUUCAGCAUCAACCAAGUGUGCCCCUGCCAGGCCGGGCUGGUCUGCCGGCCCUCCGCGCCCUCCAGAGAGUGA